UUCGAAGUCAACGAAAUUCUACACAAAAGUCGUCUGCAGGUUCCCAAACACUAGCAUUUCAGUAUAACACUAUUCACAAGAAGAAAGACCGCAUUCGCAAUCAGACUAUCUUACUUGACACGAAAGAUUCCUUGAUUUUCUGUCAUAUUCAUUUCACAAUGGCAAAGCCGAAGAAGCCGGCGCCAACCGCUAAAGGGGACGAGGCCAACGAUGUUAUCCUUAAAUAUUUGAAAAAGCAAAAUAGGCCGUACAGCGCAGUGGAUGUGUUCAAUAACCUCGGCGGUCAAGUGGGCAAAUCAAAUGUGUUGAAAGCAUUGACAGCCUUGGCCGAAGAGAAGCAGAUACACGCAAAACUCAAUGGAAAGCAAUGGGUGUAUGUGGCCAAACAGGAUGAUUUGCAAGUCCCAUCCAAAGAGGAUCUGGAUGCGAUGGACUCAAAAAUUGCCAAGCUGAAGGAUGAACUUGCGGCGCUUAAGGAGGAGACCAGAGAGGCACAAGCGGUGCUAAAUGGGCUCACAAACUCGUUGACGAAUGAGCAGAUCGAGCAACGACUUCGCGAGCUCAAAGAAGAGAAUUCCAAACUCGAGGAACGGCUUUCAUCCCUCCGUUCGCGAUCGACACGGCAGCAACUGAGCGCAGAAGAUCGUAAGCGAAUAGAUAAGAAUUUGGAAGCUAUGCAAAAAGAGUGGAGGAAACGUAAACGUAUGUUUAACGACAUGUGGGCCGCAGUUACGGAGAAUAUUCAAGGAAGUCUAGCCGAAUUCAGAGAGACGGUUGGAGUAGAGACUGAUGAAGCUGCUGGUUUAGAUAUAAAUGCGGACCUGUUGAAAGGACUUGUUUGAAUUGACUUCAAUCAUACUCAUAAUCUAACGGUCCCAUCCGCAGCAAUUCCCAUUGAACCAUGUAAAGGGAUGCACGAAGGCGGUGCCUCUUACAUAAUUCUUGCCAAA